UGCUUCUCCGACCCUCCACUUCUCUGAUUUUUCUUAGCUUUCCCUUCUUCCUUCUCUCUGCAUCUCCGUCUUCUUCACUCAGAGAGAGCGAGAGAGAGCGAGAGAGAAAGAGAAAGAGAGAGGGAGAGUCUGCAACUUUCGACGGCGAAUGGCGGCGGCGAAGAGCCUUGUCUGCGUGAGCGCGGUGGUGCUCCUGAUGCUGUUCAUCGGAGCAACUAUCGUGAGAAUCUCUCCGCGCUGGAAUGUGGAAACAGAGAAGAUGCGGAGCUCGAACAACUCGUCAAUGGCCGCGAGCUCGGCGGGGGAGGAGCAGGCGGGGGACCACUUGAGCCAGCAUGCGGUGGAAGAUCCGGAGGAAAUUGCUUCCAUGGUGGAAAUGAGCAUCCGCAAUAGCACUGAGAGGCGCAAGUUAGGCUAUUUCUCUUGCGGAACUGGUAAUCCAAUUGAUGACUGUUGGCGGUGUGAUCCCAACUGGCACAAGAAUCGCAAGCGCCUGGCCGACUGCGGCAUCGGCUUUGGUCGCAAUGCCGUUGGUGGCCGUGAUGGCCGAUUCUAUGUCGUCACCGACCCGGGUGAUGACGACCCUGUCAACCCAAGGCCAGGCACCUUGCGCCAUGCUGUGAUCCAGGACAAGCCGCUCUGGAUUGUCUUCAAGCGGGACAUGGUCAUAGUGUUGAAGCAAGAGCUGAUCAUGAACAGCUUCAAGACCAUUGACGGCCGCGGUGCCAAUGUCCACAUUGCAAAUGGAGGGUGCAUCACCAUUCAAUACGUCACCAACAUUAUUAUUCACGGUCUUCACAUCCAUGACUGCAAGCCCACUGGCAAUGCCAUGGUGAGGAGCUCGCCAAGUCAUUUUGGCUGGAGGACUAUGGCUGAUGGCGACGGCGUAUCCAUUUUCGGGUCGAGCCACAUCUGGGUUGAUCAUAAUUCACUCUCCAAAUGUGCCGAUGGCCUCGUGGAUGCUGUCAUGGGCUCAACAGCCAUUACCAUUUCCAACAACCACCUCACCCACCAUAAUGAGGUGAUGCUGUUGGGCCAUAGUGAUUCUUACACAACAGACAAGCAAAUGCAGGUGACCAUCGCUUACAACCAUUUCGGGGAGGGUCUCAUCCAGAGAAUGCCGAGGUGUAGACAUGGUUACUUCCAUGUGGUGAACAAUGACUACACGCACUGGGAAAUGUAUGCCAUUGGUGGAAGUGCCAGCCCUACCAUCAACAGCCAGGGCAACAGAUAUGCAGCUCCGUCCAACGCAUUUGCAAAAGAGGUGACCAAAAGGGUGGAUACGGCAGCUAGCCAGUGGAAGAGCUGGAAUUGGAGGUCAGAGGGAGACCUGUUGCUUAAUGGUGCCUACUUCACUCCAUCAGGAGCCGGAGCCUCCGCGAGCUAUGCUCGUGCUUCAAGCCUUGGAGCCAAGUCCUCCUCCAUGGUCGGCUCCAUCACUUCCGGUGCCGGCCCACUUCCCUGUCGCCGCAGCCGGCAGUGCUAAUCUCUACCUAAUUGGCCUCCAAAUGGGGUUCAAUUUUCCCUAUGGAUUGAUUUCCACAAUUCGCCAUAAAAUACAAUAUAUCCCUUACCACAUCCAUUGUUUUGAGAUACCCUAUCUACAUGAUUUGGCAAGUGUACAAAUUCUACACAUUGUCAUCAUAUAUCGCCCAAAUUCUACCCCACUUUCAAUUUCCCCUGUUUUCAGAUUUUCCAUCUGUUUCCAACCUCGGCCGGCUUCGAAUUCAACAAAACCAAAGCCAUACUUAGAAGCAGGCGCGGAAGCGUUGUUGAUUUGUUCUCUUCCUUUUCCCCGCUUCGUGGCAUCCCCCAGUUCAUUGUCCCCAUUCAAAUCAGUUCAUUUGUGUGUGUCUUGCACUGUCGGUGUCGGUUUCUACUUAUCCUCCUGCCUUUCGAGUCUACAUAGGUUCGGGACGAUUCCCGAGUUUGUUUACCUUCUCUUUCUCUUAGCGAUACGGUGAUCAAUAUGAAUGUGAAACCUCCUGAGUCCUGGAAAGACUUCUGUUACAGUUGAUGCAUAGAAAUAGCAAGUGUUGUUUCCUUGGCCUUCUUAUCUUUUUCAACUUUUUUUUCGCUGCUUUUCUUUUGUGUCCUUUGCUUUUGGCAAUUGGAAGCCCUCUUCUUUUUAC